CUUCAAGUGCUAGGCCAGACACUCGGAAUAUGAAACUGUGGCUGGAAAUUUGUGUUCCUCUAACGAUGCUCUCGUUGGUACAAGGGAACUUUUCAUCCGGCUCCUUUGAUUUGACACUCUACAGGCAGAUGCCUCCCCUCCAUUAUCUGCACGACUACGAUCUCUGCCUGGAUAAGCCCGCUGGUAGAUACUGCCUGGUAUAUGUGGAGAUUUUACCCAAUGCCAGCUCUGCUUUGUGGCACCAAAUCGAAGGAGUUUCGCUGGACUCUAAGCACCGAUUUCGCCAUGAUCGCGUCUUUAGGGGAGUGUGCCUGGAGACUUGCCAGCACAGUUUAAAUGGCUUUUCUGAUGCGAACGAUACCGGGGAAGAAGAUAUCCUGGACAAGGAACUCCGCUCUUACUACGCGAGGGUUCACCAGCGAAAGUCGGAUGCAGCAGAGCGCCUCCUCCACGAGGAGUUGGUCAAAAGCUGCCUCAAUCUUGAGUUCGGUGAGAAGUUCUCCCUCAGUGUUCGCAGCCUUAUCGAGUAUUGUGUGCCAGCCGAUGAGCACUUGGAGCUAGAUGGACUUGAUCUCACGUUUUACGGUCUUAUGAUCGGUAUACUGCUUAUAACUUUGUGUUCCUCAUUCCACGACUAUCGGCUAAGCAAGAAAAACCCUCAGCAAACUGAAAACUUUUAUCGGGAGUCACUGAACGGCCGUCGACAGCAACUACUCACCUCCUUUUCUGUGUUUCGAAACUAUUAUCGACUGACUCAACAACAUGACUCGGAUUUCGCGCGAGAUGUAAGCUUCUUCGACGGAUUUCGAGUGAUUGGGGUAUUUGUGGUUAUCCUAGGCCACACGCUAAUGGUCUUCAUGACGGUACCGAUAGAAAACCCUGAGUACUACGAGCAAUUCCUCUACAGGUUCGAGACCACGAUUUUCCAAAACGGCAGCCUGUUCAUCCAGAUAUUUUUCGUGAUGAGUGGCUUUCUGCUCUACGUGAAGUUCACCGAACGCCAAAUGAUUCAACCCACGACUGGCACCAUCGAUUGCAUUUCCGUGUACUUCCGUGUGUUUUUCAACAGAUACUUCAGACUCCUGCCUUCGCUUCUCGCCCUCAUCCUGUUUAAUGGAACUCUCCUGGUGCGCAUCCAAAACGGACCCUUCUGGCGGCAUGUUACCGAGGCCGAGAGGGUUUUCUGCCGCACCAAUUGGUGGAAGAACGUGUUCUUUGUGACCAACCACAUGCUGGAAGACAGUUGUUCCCACCAGACCUGGUAUUUGGGGGCCGACAUGCAGCUGUUUGAGCUCUUCCUGAUUGUCAUUGUCAUAACCAAGAAGCACCCCAAGCUUACAAAGGCGUUCUAUAUAGCUCUUCUGACGCUAGCCCUAGCAGUGCCUGCAAUAUUGACAUACACUCUUGAGUUGGAUGCUAUCUAUCAUCUUCGUCCGGAGACCUAUCGCUACUUGUACUUCCGGCACUCCGACACAUUCUACCAAAUGUAUCCGCCGUUCUACACAAAUUUGGGAGGCUACUUGGCCGGGUUUCUUUGCGGGCAUCUUUACCUCGAACAGCGUACAAGGAAAGUGAUGCUCCGGGGCCUACUCAAGUACGAACUGGCAACGUGGCUGCUUGUCCUGGCUACAUUGGGAGUCCUUUUCUCCGGCUACAUCUUCAUUCGCCAGGACUUUGAAAAGCCAUCCCUUUGGUUGGCCUUAUAUGCGGGCCUGCACAAGAACUUGUGGCUGCUGAUUUGCGCGGGAUUCGUGUUUCUCAUGUGCUGCAAGGUUGGAGGAGUGGCCUAUGACUUCUGCACUCUUCCAGUUUUUCGGCCCCUGGCAAGAAUCUCAUUUCAGUCGUUUCUGUGGCACAUUGUCAUCCUGAGAAUGGUGGCUGGAUAUUUUAGACAGCCGGUGUACAUAUCCAGCUUCUACUUGUUGUGCAAUGUGCUGAGCGUGUUUAUGCUCACCCAAGUUGUGGCGGCCGUGGUGGCUUUGCUGCUGGAAUAUCCGCUUGGAGAGGUGCUUCGUUGCUUCAUGGAGCCGGAGAAAGGUCUCGAAGAAAGCCAAUCGGAAAUUCAAAUGAGACGCGCGCAGUCAGCUGCUUAGAGUGACCGUGCGUGCGCCAGGGAUGCAUGCGAUUGCCGGCAAGCAUUACAGCUAAAUUUUCUGGCUAUGUUUCCAUUUUUUAGCUAAAGAUAGCCGGUGUACAUUGUACAUGUACGAUCCUUACAAUCUUUUGUUAAGAAUGCCAUAAACAUUUUAUAAAAUGAAAAUGCAUUCAUUAAAGGGGGUCUUAGAUAUAUUCUUUAUUGUUAUUUUGCAACUAAAGUAAAUAGGUAGAUGUCUAUUGCCCACUUCCAAAAAUGUUUGAAGUGUUUUAAAAGUUAAUAAAAAUAUCUACAUCUA